CCUCCCCGUGUGCCGCCGGCUCCGUCUCUCCCGCGCACGCCGCUGCCGGCGCUCCGGGCCGCGGGGCUCGCAAGCCAAUGAGGGCCCGGACCCCGGCCCUCGCCGCCGCCGGAGCCGCCCGCAGCCCCCCGGCCCGACCCCCCGCCCAGGACCCAUGCGGCUGCUCCAGGAGAGGCUGCGGAGGUUCAUGAACCACCCAGCUCCAGCAAACAGCCGCUACAAACCCACUUGCUAUGAACAUGCUGCUAACUGUUAUACACACGCAUUCCUCAUUUUUCCAGCCAUUGUGGGUAGUGCCCUCCUCCACCGGCUCUCUGAUGAUCGAUGGGAAAAGAUAACCGCAUGGAUGUAUGGCAUGGGCCUCUGUGCACUCUUCAUUGUUUCCACGGUGUUUCACAUUGUUUCCUGGAAAAAGAGUCACUUAAGGACAAUGGAACAUUGUUUUCACAUGUGUGACAGAAUGGUGAUCUAUGUCUUUAUUGCAGCAUCAUAUGCACCAUGGUUAAAUCUUCGUGAGCUUGGACCUCUGGCAUCUCAUAUGCGUUGGUUUAUCUGGCUAAUGGCAGCUGGAGGAACCAUUUAUGUAUUUCUCUACCAUGAAAAGUAUAAGAUUGUUGAACUCCUUUUCUAUUUAGCAAUGGGAUUUUCUCCUGCUCUGGUAGUGAUAUCCAUGAACAACACCGAUGGACUUCAAGAAGUUGCCUGGGGAGGCUUAAUUUAUUGCAUGGGAGUGGUGUUCUUCAAGAGCGAUGGAAUCAUUCCAUUUGCCCAUGCCAUCUGGCACAUGUUUGUAGCUAUUGCAGCUGCAGUUCAUUACUAUGCCAUUUGGAAGUACCUUUACAGAAGCCCUGCAGACAUUAUCCGUCACUUAUGAUUUUUUUAAAAAAAAUCUGCACUAGGCCUCCAUAACAGUAUUAUUUGAUGUAAGGAAUUCUGGGGAAUUGAGAAAUUGCACAGGAAAAUCUGCACUGACAUAGAUAGUUCUCUGAAUGCAUUUACUGUGAACAGAUGUUAAAUAAUGUGUCCUGGAAUUGCCCUUCAUACAGCAAGUACUGUAAAUAAUCAGGACACUAAAGUACAGUACUGAUAGUCCAUUCCACACUAGUAGAACUGGGUUCCUGAUGUUUACUAACCAGAAUUUUUGUAUUCUAGAUUAAUUUUACAGUUUUUACUAUAUGAAUUUUUCUAAAUUAGUGAUUCAAAUUGUGAAAGUCAGUGCAAUAGCAAAGAUGUAACUUCUUUUGUUUUAAAAUUGGUUUCUACUGUUUUUUCACUAGCCAUUUAAUAAACAUAAAUCAUGGAGGGAUAGAUCUAGUUUUACCGCACGUCAUCUUGGCAUAAUAUGACUUUUAUAGAAAUUUUAAACUUUUUUUUUUGUAAAUUUUAAAAGUACAUUUAUUUAAAUGAAAACACACAACUGUCAUCUAUGCAGUUAUUCAUAUUGCAAACUCUUAACAAGAAACUUACAUUCCACAUACUGUACUGACAAGCAAACAUUAUACCUCUUCCAAAAGUUUUAUUACAAGUGUGGUUGUAACUACAAGUUUUUAAAAAUUAUGAAUUUCAAAACGUGGUUCUGCCAAGCUUGAGUGUGAAAACAUGCUGCUCACUAUAAUACAUUUAGUUACUUCGGGCUUGUCUACAUGGUGGAAUAAUGCAGAUUACAGGGUGUGAUUUGUAACGUGCACUAACAUGCUACAUUGUCCUUAUGGGCCCAGAUGCUGCAAAGGCUCUCUAAUGCACUUUAAUGUAGUGCUAUUUGAAACAGUAUUAUGUUAAAGUGCACUAGGGAGCCUUUAGUGCACACCAGCAUGGUCUGUAUCAACCAAUUAAUGUGCAGCAUACCCCCGUAGUCCACAUUACCGCACCAUGUAGACAACCUCUUAGUAUGGCUUAUCAAUGAAAGAAACAAAGUGUUUCAGACAAGUAGUUAAUACCAGUCAAACAUUUUAAGACACCUCCUCACAUGCCAUCUAUAGAGACAGUUGAAUUGAUGAGAGCGGACUUUUCAAAACUUGGCAGUAGCAAUGCAGGUGGCCAGCUAUUAAAUAUUCCAGUAUCCAAAUGACAAUGAGGAAGCAUCAGUAAUUGUCCAGAAGAGUUAAUAUAUAUUGGUGCUGAAACAUUAAGGCUACAAUAUCAAAAGGAUCUCAGCGGAGUUGGAUACCGGCAACCCCUGGCUUUGAGUGGGCGUUGUAUGUCUAACUCCCUUAGGCUCCUUCAGAAUCCCAGCCAAAACUGGUAUAUUGCGAUUGCUGAUAACGUAGAGUAUUUUAUGGUUACUGGUUCUUCACACACAUGGCCUUCUAGUGAAGAGAGCCUGAAGAACUUGAUAGAAUCUCUCAUCAAUUUGGGACCUUAAGAAGAGCAAAACUGGGCUUAGCAUAUUGCUAUUUUCUGUACAGGAAAACGAAAUGUAGCAAGGCAUGAUUGUAGAACACGUGCAUUAAAUAUCUAGAUGUAGAUGCCUCACUGUAAUGCUGUGUGUCCAGUUAUUGUAUCUGUCCCACUACAUUAUCAAUGUCUUAUAUUAAGAUUGACUUGAUCCUUUUUUCUAAUUUACUCAGUUUUUCAUGUCAGUGUUUUAAAAACUAAAAAAAACAAACCUGUUGCCUUUUUCAGAUUUUGUUCUGGAUAUUGCCUGUCUUCAAACAAUAGACUAGUACAAUAGGGAUGUUUUUCAAGGUACUAUUUAAUAUUUCAUCUGAACUUGCCAGUGGGUUGUUUGCAUAUUACAGAAUCUGUACAUUUCUAUACAAUUUCCAGGAAGGGACACUUUAUUUAAAAAAAAAAAAAAAAAAUCAAGGCGUGGAAAUGAGUUGCCAUACAGUGUUAGCUGGUGACUGGAAAACGGCACCACUACACUAGUCGUGUACCACUAGUUAAAUCUCUAAAAAAGCAUAAAAAUGGAACAUCUGGGCAGACAAUCCUUUGUAUGACAGUCUUAAACAUGCGGAUGCCUGCAGUUUUUUAACAUGUCUGUUUUUAAUGUUUUUCACUUCUGUGGGUUCAUCUAUUCUGUUCAAAUGGAGCACUGUUAAAACCACUAAAAUUGAUGUAAAUGUUUGCUUUUUUGUCAAAAAUGAAAUUUUUGCUUGGAUUUGUUCCAUUAUCUUUAGUUAAUUUUCAUGGCCAGUUGUUUGGAGUAUUUAAUGGUGAAAAUGGUUUUUAAAAAUUGGAACUCGCCAAAAAUAUUUUGAAUGACUGUAUUCUAGUCUACAUGAAUUUGAAUGUACUAGACUAUUAAAAAAAUAAAUAUUUUGUGAAUUUGGAAA